UAAAGAAUAAGAAUGCACAUGAAGAGUAAUUUUGAAAUUAAUUUGGGUAAUCCAGGGAUAUAUAUGAUAUGAGAGUUGCGUUGGGUGACAAGAAGAGAAAUGUGGCUUCCAAAUCCUAAAUCAUCAGGGAUUAGAAAGGGAGUAGGAGGAGGAAAUGGAUUAGUGGCAGUGGCUAUAGAUAAGGAUAAAGGAAGCCAUUACGCUCUCAAAUGGGCAGCUGAUUCUCUUCUCACCAGAGGUCAAACUGUUAUUCUACUCCACGUUUUGCACGGGACAUCCUCUCCUGUUUCCAGGAGUAACGAGGCCAUUAUAUGUAACAUCAACAAUUCAUCAGCAUCUCCACAAAGAUACCAAGUUGAUAACACUAUCAAGGAUCUGUUUCUCACUUUCCAUUGCUACUGUACACGCAAAGAUAUACAAUGCCUUGAUGUCCUACUUGAAGACACUGAUGUUGUGAAAGCGAUAACAGAAUAUGUUUCUUAUGCUGCAAUUGAGAAUUUGGUGGUCGGUGCAACAUCCAGGCAUGGGUUUAUCAGGUUUAAAUCAUCAAGUACAUCAAGUAGCAUAUCAAAGGGGGCGCCGGAUUUCUGUACCGUGUUUGUCAUUUCAAAGGGCAAAAUCUCCUCGGUUCGGAAUGCUACUCGUCCAGCCGCGCAUAUAUCCCCACUUCUGAGCCAUAUACGUGAACUAAAUAACCAGGACGGAAAUCAGCCCGAGAUAUCCUCCAAACCUAUGAAUUUGAGAGAAAGGACAUCAAUCAAACCUCACAGCUGGCAGGACGAAUCUAUUAAGUCUCCAUUUGAAAGAGGAAGAGGCGUGAGUGGAAUAUCAUGCAUGGACUUCGCAGAAUCAGAUACUGAUAUAUCAUUUGUAAGCUCCGACAGGCCAAGCAGUGGACGUUCAUCCUCCGUUUAUGAGUAUAUUGACGCAGGCCGAACUUCACGAGUUUCUACCAGUUCAGAUCAUAGCUUUGAAUCAACCCGAUUGGGACUCAAGUUCAAUGACCCCACUUCACCAGAUGCGUCAUUCUCACUUGAUAGCAGUAGAACAUCAUUUUCAUUUUCAUCACAGAGCAUGGAUGAAGCAGAAGCUGAUAUGAGGAGGCUGAAGCUUGAGUUAAAGCAAACGAUGGAAAUGUAUAGUACAGCAUGCAGAGAAGCACUUACAGCACAGCAAAAGUUAAUGGAGUUGACCAGCUGGAGAAUUGAGGAAGAAAAGAAAUUAGAAGAGGCACGAUUGGCUGAGGAAGCUGCGCUGGCAAUUGCAGAGAAAGAGAAAGCAAGAUGUAGAGCAGCUGUGGAAACUGCUGAAGCAUCUAAGAAAAUUGCAGAGGUGGAAUCACAUAGAAGAGCGAGUGCUGAAGUUAAAGCUCUUAAAGAAGCAGAGGAAAUGAGGAAGCUAUUGGACAAUCUAGCCCAAACUGAUGUAAGAUAUAGGAGAUACGGUAUAGAGGAGAUUGAAGCAGCCACGAGCUCCUUUUCUGAAUCUCAGAGAAUUGGGGAAGGAGGUUAUGGCCCUGUUUAUAAAUGUUAUCUUGAUCACACUCCAGUUGCCGUCAAGGUUCUACGUCCAGAUGCUGCUCAAGGGAAAUCACAGUUUCAGCAAGAGAUUGACAUACUGAGCUGCAUGCGACACCCAAACAUGGUGCUUCUUCUAGGAGCGUGUCCGGAGUAUGGCAUAUUGAUUUAUGAAUAUAUGGCGAAUGGAAGCUUAGAAGAUUGUCUGUUUCGAAAAAAGAAGGGUGUUCUGUCUUGGCAGCUGAGGUUCCGAAUUGCUGCAGAGAUAGCGACGGGCUUACUAUUCCUGCAUCAAACGAAGCCUGAACCUUUAGUGCACCGUGAUCUUAAACCGGGGAACAUUUUGCUAGACCAGAAUUAUGUGAGUAAGAUAAGCGAUGUUGGAUUGGCAAGGCUAGUCCCGGCUGUAGCAGAAAAUGUAACACAAUACCGCAUGACAUCCGCAGCAGGAACAUUUUGUUAUAUCGAUCCGGAGUAUCAGCAAACAGGAAUGCUGGGUGUGAAGUCGGAUGUUUAUUCUCUAGGGGUCAUUUUUCUUCAGUUAUUGACAGGCAGGCCUCCAAUGGGAUUGGCUCACCACGCUGAAAAGUCUAUGGAGAAUGACACGUUUGCGGAAAUGCUGGACCCAUGUGUCACCGACUGGCCUCUUGAACAAGCUUUGUGCCUUGCAAAUAUAGCAGUCAAGUGUGCGGAACUCAGGCGAAAAGAUAGGCCAGACCUUGCCAAAGUAGUGAUGCCAGAGCUGGACAAAUUGAGAGACUUUGCCGAAGAAAAGAUGACGAUUCCCCCCUUUUUUGGAUGCAUCCCCAGCCACACUAGUGAGGCUUCCGUGCAACCGGAUGUCAUGAGCGACCCGCUGCUUGUAAAUUCUGAAAGCUCGUCUUCUCCGUCAACACCCACAGAAGGAAAACCUUAAAUAUAUUGUAUAUACUCGAGACUUCCAUGCAUGCUGCAGGGGCCAUCUCAAUUCCCAACAAUUAGAUAAUGUACACAUUCAACAACUUAUUUUUGUUCUAGGAUGUGUGGGGUACAAACAUAGGUAGAGCGGGCACCGAAAUUUUUGUAUUAUAUUAUGUAAAUAUCUUAGAGAAUGUAAAUCUUACAAAUUCUAAACCCAGACUAAAAGUACCACAGUUUUGUUCUGCAAUCGCAUCUUAUCAUUUUUUACUUUUCUUUAUUAAUGCAUUGCAGCAAAUAUUUUUGGUAAAGAUAGAAAAGAUUAUAAAGAUGGUCCCAGUGAAUCACGUAGAUGUCACGUGGAAGCUACGUAGAUGUCAUGUGGAUGUAAAAUUUCUGUCAUGCAUCUGGAAC